AUGCACACCAUGGCCAAAACCGUGGGCCAGGAUACAACGGUCCAAAGCACAAUGGAUAAUGGCUUGAUCGAGGCCAAGCUCAUUUCAAGGGAAUACUGCCUGUCUCACUGGGUCAUCACGUUCAGUCAAUCUGGCAAGUGCAUCAACGCCGACCUGUCGAAGAAUGUAAUUCGGUAUUCAGGGGACCCUCUUCCAGAGGUUAUCAGUUCCAUCGGCUUUCGCAUUAAGAACGGAAAACCCCCAAUUGAUGAGCUAUUGGAGGAUUUGUAUCUUCCGCCAUCAUUCAUGGAGCUACAACAGGAUUUCUGCGAUUGUGUUUAA